AUGCGGGUAGCAGGAGAAUCCGAGUUCUUCGUCCCUGACGUUUCUGUAGCGGAUCAACUUUCAGAGCAGUGGAUUGUGGACCAAUAUCGGCAAGUCACAGCCAUGCGACUGAAUAGGUACAUGACCUUCGCUUCUGGCAUACGGGCGCAGCUCCGACUGUGUGGACUUGGAAUAGAGUGCAUGCUCGUAGCUACUCGGGACUUGUACUUGCGUCAAAUAGAUGGGACGGCGAAGCGCAUGAAGAUUACAGUUUUUCUGAUGGGGCAAAUAAUUGGAUACUUCGUCCAGCUGCUCUUCCAACCACUAGACGCUGUGCAUGGAAUUCAGCUGAGCAACGGCCCGGGGAGUCAGAGACAGCAGCGAGAAGCCCUGGAAGAUCGGUUGGCGUUCGUAACUAACAUUCUGAAGGACCGAAGCCGAGUAAUGGAAGAGCUGUUUAUACUAACAGGACUGGACUUCAGCGAAGACCAAGACCUACAAGUAGGCGACGUGGUUGUUGUAUAUCUGCGAAAACAGGCUGAAAGAAUAGACGGUAUGCGAGUUGCUGCUUUAUACUGCCUCCACGUCAUGAAAAUAGUAACUUUUUGGCGAUGCAGUUUCUUGGGUCGCGGAGGACAGAACUCGCAGUUCGAAUUUGUUCAGCAGUAUUUCGAAUUGCGGACAGAGUCUCUCCGAUCUGCGAUGCUCCAGAAAUUUUUGCAGGCUCCUCCGCCAAUUUGCUUAAGCAUGGACCCAGGCUCGGUUUUCUUGUUCGAUCUUCUUCGUCUUCUGAACGAACUAGCAGAUGAGAACAAGCAGAGCGAAAUCAUGCGACAGAUCCUUUUCGCUUUCGAUCAUAUGGUGGAGGCUGAUACAGAUGACGUAGAGAAGUUCAUAGGAAGAGCGGGCCGACGUCACGGCUUGAAACGAGAUUUCAAAGGCCUAUCACGGAUCGACUACGAAGCAGGGAUUCGCGACUACAGCAGCGAGCGAGGCCGACUGCGGGACCUCAUCUCAGCGACCGAGGAACAACUUGUAGACAGAAAACAGAAGUUCGAUAGUGGGCCAGUCUAUGAAGGUGAACGUGAUGCGUAUCGGAAAUUCUUGAAGAACAUCAGAGGCAUUUGCGUGCAGCAGAUGAAGAACAAAAAAGGUCAAGAAAGUAGUGUAGCAGUAGAGAAACAGUGGAAGCGUGGCAUUUCUCUCGAAGAAAAGCGGAAGCUGCAGGAGGAGGUGGAAGCAGAGAAAAGGCGACAUGUAGAAGAGUGUAAGCAGCAUGCCCUCACCGGAACAUUCGAGGUAGACGAAGAAGAAGCCAAAAUUUUAUCCCUAAAGCCGCACUGUGAAUUACAGGAGCAAUACUUUGAAUCCGUUGAGACUUGUCUGUUUGAUUAUCUUCGAAAAAUACGCCGGCCGCUUCCUGGGAGGUUUCGAGAGAUGUUGCUGCAGCAGUUGUUGGACCAUGGUGAAGCGCAUGUCUCCAAUUCAUUGCUUGCUGAAAAUCAUCCUGAUGGCAAUUGGUGGAGUCAAGCAGUGCAGGAGGCAAAAGAUGCAGUCGAUGAUGAUCGUAUCACAACUUCCUCAACAUCAACAAGAACCAACAAGAAAAAACCGCCGAAAGACUUGUUCUGGGGAAAGAGGCCUCCGCCUGGCAGACUAGUCAACCUUCUUUGUCGGUAUGCAAAGACGUUCAAGGCCAAGGAAGGGAAAGUUGGCCAGGGUGUUCCAAAAAACAUCGACUCUGCUGGAUACAUCGCUAAACAACAGCAUGCGGCAAACCAAGGAUCUUCCCGCGAUGAGCAUGACGACCACAGUGACGACGAAGCAGACGACGACGAGGAUUCUGACUCGGACUCGGAAGAAGAACAAGCAGCGCAACCAAACAACGAAGCUCAACAGAGAGAACCAAGUAAAGCCGAACGCUUGGAGGUUGUGGCGGAAGAUCUCCCAGAGCUGCUUAUGUUGCAGUUUGAUGAUGAAAAUGAAAAGGGUUAUGUGGUUGCGAAGACGCUUCUAAAACCCUACAUGUGGCUGGGGCAGCCAGUUAAACUCUGUGCUGCAGAAGGCUGCUACAUUUUUACAGACGAUGAGAAAGACUUCUUUUUCAGUACUGACCCUCAUCGAGUUUUUUCCAAGUUCCGCAUUUUCGACGUCUUCUUGGUGGAUACUGAUGCUGGUAGAUGCUUCGACGAUGUUGGUGUUGCUGUGAGGAGGGAAAUCCAGAUCCGUCUGCCUGUUCCGAAACCGAAAUCAAAAGCAGAAGCGAAACAUAAGGCGAAGCCGAAGCCACAGGCAAAGCUUGGUGAAGGGCUAGCUGCACAAGCAAAGCGUGCCCCUGCUCCAAAGCGCCAGCAGCUGCCUCUGCUAUGUGAUCCACAACCAGCUCCGAGCGUAGUAAUUCCUGAUGCGCGGGUCGGUCUUGCGUCGAAAGCAAAAGCGAGUGCAAAAGCAACGGCUAAACCAAAGCUGUCAAAGCCACGGCAACCAAAGCAGACGGUAAAGGCUGAAGCCAAACGCAGCCUUUCUUUGGCAGUGCAGCUGCAGGGAAUGGUGAAAGCGCCCCUUCUCGUGCAGGAAGAUCUUGUUGCUCUUGCUGCCCCCGCACUUCCUUCAGCAAUUUCGGUUUCAGUUCCAGUUCCACUUCCUUCUGAACGAUUACCGCCGCCGCUGCCGUUACCUGAAGCAGGAGCAGCAAAAGCAGAUCCACAGGUGGAGACGUCAAGCGCAAGUGCAGUGCUUGCAGUUGUAGCUGCACCAGAACCAGUAGCAGUGGCGGAUGCAGUGAUGGUGGCAAGCCUCGCAGAUGCCCCCAUGCCUAUCGAGGAUCGUGAACCUGUUGAGACUGAUCUUGCUGUUGUGGCUUUAUCGGCGGGAAACGUUCCCAAUUCUCAUCGUGAAGCAAAGGCCUCGAGCGUUGCUGUGUCACCCGAUGUAGCAGAAGCGCCUGGUAUAGUGAUCAUGUAUGUUGUGACUGGCCUCCUUGAUGUCUUAUGUUGAUGUAGAAUUAAUACUCCUGAACAAUGGCAGGCAGGCAGAGCGCCUCUUGAGAAUGACAGUUGUCCUAAGAAAGAAGGUUAUGUCAUCCUUGUUUCUACUUGUCCCUCGAGUACGAAAUCGAGAAUAUAUAUAACCAUUGAUUAGGUCUUCCGCCUGCGCCUGUGAUGUCUGAGUCUUCUGGUCCGGUUUCGCCCUCCAAGCGUGUGCGAAUGCCGAAGGCCAAACUCCACGAUGUAGACUGGUUUGACGCAAGUUUUGAGAAGAUCAUGCAACAAGAAAAAGGCGGCUCUACUGCGAGCAAAUCCAAGCAGGCGAAGGCUAAAAGUAGUGCUGCAUCUACGGGAAACGCCGCGAUUCCAGGCGCAGAAACGAAGAAGCGAAAAAGAGCGUUAGAAGCUCCAGUGAAGACUGAGGCAAUGCGGGUUAGUACUCAACGCCGGGAGACCACGCGACAUUCUGCAGUAGAUUCUCGCUGGGUCCCAUUAGGGUUCUCAGUGGCACCACAAGGAGCAAGUCAGUACAUAGCGCAAGCUUUGAGCGAUGGCCUUCAGGAGCAGGUGAUGAACCUCUGCCGGAUUCCUGGAAUGGACUUGCAGACGAACAGCAAAAAGGGGUUUCGGUACAUGGGUGCGGAUCCGAAAGAUCCUGAAGACCAGAGUUACGCAUCAAUGUAUUUAGCAGCAUGGUGCGUUCGAGUGGACUUCUUCACCCGCGUGUUCUACCGCAAACAGCAUCAGGAGGACCUUCUUCAGAAGUGGCGCGAUAAAUGGAAGAAGGACAUCGAAGAAAUCCAGCAAGAGCUAGUGAAGAAGGGAGUUUGGGGGAAAAUCAGCGAGAAACAGCAACUGAUUUUCAACAACUUGCUGGUAUUGGCGCCUGUCACAGCGAGGAUGCUACGGAUUCCAAACCUUGCUGAUGACGCUUAGGCGAGACCAGGCUUUUACUCUUCGCAUGGUUCUUGCUAUAAUCAUGGGAAUGUCAAAAAUACAUAAAAUGUCUCUCGCAGUGAUUAGAUUUCUGUAUUUUUACUACUUUAAUUGAUAACAACACGAAAAUACAGCAUUUUGAUUAAUUUUUGGCCAGUUUUAUGUAUUCUUGUUUCUGCUCUUGAAGAAAGUGCAGCACUCUUGUUGAUAAUGAAGAAAUACAACAUUUUGAAUUUUUUUGAUCAAAUUUCUGCUUUUUUGGAAUUAAGCUUUUCACUGAAUGAUCUGGAACUUUUUGGCCGGAUAGAGAUUUAGUGCAUUUCUGCAAACGCGGGGUCUCAGAGCAGCAUUUUGACUGAUUUUGGCUCAAUUUGUUGUAUUUUCAUAACUCUGGUUAGGAAGUGCA